AAGCAAGCCCACCCACCCCCCCCUCAACAACAACAACAACCCACUAGCCCCUGCAACAAUGACGCCUCCCGCUGCUGGCUCCUCAGCCGCAACACCAGGCGGCUCCUCCCCGCUGGCUCCCUCGUCCUCAAUACUCAGGGCAACCGUCGUCACCACCACCCCCAACGAAGACAUCAUCCACCUCACGCCCGCAACUUGGACCUCUCUCAUCCAAACCGGCGCAAAGAGAGUGCCCGCGCCAAAGGGAGAAGCUCAGCGAAUUUUGGUAGCCUUCAAAAUCCAUACCUUCGCUCCUUACGUAUCCUCCACGACCGCGACACCCCCGGAGCGAGCGCUCAUCGUCCACGCGGCACAACUCACUGAAACCGCUCAAUCUAAUGGCGCCGACGUAUUGAUACCACGAGGGUUCUUGGAGAGGAAUACGGCCCGGGGAAGGGAGUGGGAGGACGGGGGAGAGAUGCUGUGUGAAGUUAAGCCUUGUGGGUUUGUGGAGUUAAGUGAGGUUUAUUUGGAGGCGGUGGAGAGGGGGGAUUAUGAGGGGGUUGGGGAAGGCGGCGGCUCACUCCAAAUACACAUGCAAACCAAAUUCACCGUUCUCCGCCAAUCCAGCACUCUAAAUGUCACCUUACACGGCAAACAGCUCUCUUUCCACGUCAUACUCUGCCUGCCCGUCAUGCAAGGCACCGUCUCGAAAGAUACGCGGGUAGUCUUUCUCGAACCAAAACCAACGGUCCCUCCUCCGGCCCACGUAUUGGACAACGCGCCCUCACCCCUCGCGGACCGGGACCUGGCGCACAGUGUAUGGCAGUGGGCGGGCGGCGCGGACCGUGGGUAUGAAAUCACGAUGGCGGUGCUCAGGGCACCCGUUCCGCCGCAUAUCACGACCCCGACGCCCAGCGGGGAUGUGGAUCUGGACGCGGCGCUUUGGACCUCGUUUGACAAUUUGAUGACGAUGGGGGUGCUGAGCGGGAGUUCGGUUUCUGUCUCCAGCGAAGGACGACCCGCCCGUUGGGCUCCAAUAUACGGUUUCGAGGAGACGUCCGCGUCGCGUAGCCCGUCCAAAAUCAAAGUCUACACCUCACCCCUAACCCUCCAUAACCUGCGCGCCGGCUCCGGAUCCACUCUCACCCUCCGCGCCCCCGCCUCCUCACCACCACCACCAUCGGUAGCGACAGAAGUUACCAUCGCGCGCGUGGCCGGCCGCCUUAUUAACGACAAGAAGCUGUUCCCGGUCUGUCUGGCUGCGCUGAAGCGGUGGCUGGAGGCUUGCGAGAGGGUGGUGUGUGAGGGCGAUUUAGUGGGGGUUGCUGUUGAUGAGGAACGAGCGCGAAUGCAGGCGUAUAUCGUUGACAUUGAUGAAGACGGCGAAGAAGGUCCCAAUUCCAUUUGGUCGACGGGGGCCGCCGACACGGCCGUGAAGGAACCGGCCUAUUUCCAAAUAUCCACUAUCAGAAUCGGCGCCGACACAGACGCAGCCGCUACCGCAGACCCCGCAACGGCCCGCAUCGACCCCCUCACAACCCGCAUCGUCCAAUCAGGCAUCCUCCAUUCCCGGCUCCCCAUCGGUCAAAAAAGUUACAUCAACGACGGCCGACCACCCAUCCCCCGCCCACCCCCACCCACCGCCACAGAAACCUUCAAGAACAUGCAGGCCCUGGUCUCUGCCUGCCUCCACCCCGUGUCGCAUUCCCUGGGCCUGAGCUGCAAUAUCUUGGUGCAUGGCCCUCGAGGGGGCGGGAAACGCGCGAUGGUGAGGGCAGUGGGGGAGGGUGUGGGUGUUGAUGUGAUUGAGAUCAACGCGUUUGAUAUAAUGACCGAAACCGAGGCCAAAACCACCGCUCACCUCUCCGCCCACUUCGACAAAGCCGUCGCGUCUGCGCCGUGUAUCCUCCUCAUCCGGCACAUCGACGCACUCGCCAAAUCUAGGAGUGAAAGCAACGAGGAGCCGGCGAUCACGGCUGUGCUGGAAGGGUUGGUGAAGGAGGCUGCACGCGCGUUUAAGGAGAGUGGGCAGGCGGUGAUUGUUGUGGGGACGACGGCGGAGAUGGAGGGGGUUCCGAGUGGGAUGCAGAGUGUGUUUCAGCAUUUGGUUGGGUGGGAGAGUCCGUCGGAAGCGAUGCGACUGCAUAUUCUGUCCUGCUUGACCGAGCGGUUGAAUCUGACCCCCGAUGUGGAUUUGUCGGCGCUUGCGAUGCAGACUGCGGCGCUGGUUGCGAGGGAUUUGGAGGAUGUGGUUGCGAGGGCGGCGUUUAGCGCGCGAUUGAGGGCUGCGCGUUGUUUGGAGGAGUCGCCAACCCUAACCGAACACGACCUAGUCCACGCGGGCAUCCCCCUCACGCUCCCGGACCUCACCACCUCCCUCGACACCGUCCGCUCCCUCCACGCCGACUCAAUCGGCGCGCCCAAAAUCCCUACCGUAACCUGGUCCGACGUCGGCGGCCUCGCGCACGUCAAAGACAACAUCUAUGACACCAUCCAGCUUCCCCUUGAACACCCGGAGCUUUUCGCUUCAGGCAUGAAGAAACGCUCGGGGAUCCUCCUCUACGGCCCACCGGGCACGGGAAAGACGCUAGUCGCUAAAGCCGUCGCGACCAACUUCUCGUUGAACUUUUUGAGUGUGAAAGGGCCGGAGCUGUUGAAUAUGUACAUUGGAGAGUCGGAAGCGAACGUCCGCCGCGUGUUCCAGAAGGCGCGGGAUGCUCGGCCCUGUGUCGUUUUCUUUGACGAGUUGGACAGCGUGGCGCCGAAGAGGGGCGAGAAGGGCGAUUCGGGCGGGGUGAUGGACCGGAUUGUCUCCCAGUUACUCGCCGAGAUCGACGGCAUGGGGAGCAGUGGAGGGGACGUCUUUGUGAUUGGCGCGACCAACCGGCCGGAUUUACUCGACCCGGCGCUGCUCCGUCCAGGCCGGUUCGACAAACUGCUGUAUCUGGGCGUGAGCGAGACUCACGAGGACCAGCUGAACAUCCUCACGGCCCUCACGCGCAAAUUCACCCUCGACCCGGAUCUGGACCUGCGCAAUGUGGCCGCACGGUGUCCGUUCCACUACACCGGUGCAGACUUCUACGCCCUAUGUUCCGAUGCGCAACUCAAAGCGAUCCUGCGGACCAUCGCGCGUGUCGAUGAGCGGAUACGGGAGUUGAAUGAGAAGGGGCCGACCCCGCCGCACCCACACCCGAUUACGCCGAUGUAUUAUUUGGAGAAUUGUGUGAAGGAGGGCGAGACGGAUGUGGUUGUUGGCGAGCAAGAUUUUGUGGAUGCACUGCGGGAAUUGGUGCCGAGUGUGCCGGCGGCGGAGUUGGAGAGGUAUAGGGAGGUUAGGAGGAGAAGGGGACGGAGAAUGGGCAUGAGGAGAUUGGGAAGGGUGGGAAGGGCAAGGGGAAGGAAAAGGCGAGUGAGGAGGAUGAACAGGACGAGGAAGCGUUCUGGAAACGGGUGAGGGAUGCGGCGGGCGUUGGUGGGAAUCACACCGGCGUCAACAACAGCAGCCACAACAACAAUGCCUUCAUCCAAGGCUUGGCAACCCACCCCCGCAUCGACGACGUACUACCCAGAGCGAAUCCGAGUACCACAG